GGGACACAAAUCGAGACGGUUUUGCUUCCUGUAGCAGGUUACGUGUGCUGAACCUAUGCUGGCUUGCGUUUCACUCGAGUAGCUGGAUUAAGGAAAGAGCCCCCCCAAAAAGAGUCGUAAUGUUUGGUUUUAGCUCAGCUCCUGUGUCAACUCAGCUUUAGAAUAUUUUCUGGUUCUUACACACUGUCUAAAUGGGUGCAUAUUACUGUGCCAUAUGCAGGCAAACAACAUUCACUGGGAAGGGACAUAUCUUCGGAAAAAAUCACCAAAGCAGACUUAGAGUGGUUCUUCUGAAAUUCUUAGAAAAGGUGAAGGAAGCUCGCCGAACACUUAAAAAACCCCAAGUAGAAAAGUUUGAUUGCACCCAGCACAAGCAGACAUUCUGGUGCUACUGCUGUGGGCUUGAUAUUGAAAGAAAUGUUACAGACGGCAACAUGACUGUGCUGUACGGAGGCUUGUUAGAACACAUGGCUACCACAGAACACAGGAAGAAUACACACAAGUUCUGGUGGGACAAUAAGGCCGACCCCAAGUUUAGAGACAAGGUCAUCAUCACUGAGGAGGAAACUGAAAGGUUUAAAGCUGAGGUGGCGAAAGCAUUGGAAUCAUUUGUGGAGAAGGAGGAUGAAUUCAUUAAACAGGAAGCUGAUUACAUCCGGGCCCAGGAGAAGCAUCGUCAAGAGGUCCUUCAGUGUCUUUUAGAGACUUCCUCUAUGAACCACUGUUGGCUUUUCCUGAAUCAAUAUCAGCGUGACGCAGAGCCAGAGAUAUUCAUGGGACCCAGCGGCACAGACAUGUCUGGAGAGGAUGCUGUCAGCUCUCAAUUUACGUCUCAGGGAUCAGACCAGCAGGCGGGGAGCGGCUUUGUCGACUCAGUGGUCGAAGUACCGUGGGCUACACCAGGACAAGGGCUGACUUUCAUAGGUUAUCAGGAUUCGUCAAACAGUGGAAAUGUUCAUACAGGUGCCGUCCCUCCCUGGCUCCAGGAGGAUCCUCUGGAGGGAACCUCCGGAGCUGCAGCACAUCCGGAGAUUGGCCCAUCGCUCCAAGACUUCCUCAAACAGAAGGAGCAAGAGAAGCUGAGAAAACUUCCACCGAACAGAGUGGGGGCCAACUUUGAUCACAGCUCGCAUACAGACGCCAACUGGCUUCCCUCCUUUGGUAGAGUGUGGAACAGUGGCCGACGCUGGCAGUCCAGGCACCAGUUCAGACAAGAGGAAGGGCAAAAGAGCAGACGGAAGAGGAAGAGGGAGCAUGGCACAGAGGGGUCAAAGAAAGCAAAAAGGACUGAACAGCUGACAAAUUCUGACAACACUUAAAACUGAGUAUGAUGUGUGAGAAUUAAUGAGUGAUGGGAUGUAUAUAGUUUGCAAGAUGUGAAUGGGGUUUUAUACUAUGUUUCUGAGGAGUUGUACUCGGUUGAAAUGCUCAGGCUGACUAGACACCCUAACGUUAGCCAAACAGUAGCGUGUGUGUGUAUGGAAAAUUGUAUGGAAAAUUCUUUAUAACAUAAUUGGGAAAGUUUGCAGUAAAGAUAUUAACAGUACAUAAGCAGUGCCUAUUGGAUUUAUGUAUGUUAGAAACUUUUUUUUUGUAUUUUUGGAAAAAAAAACUGCAUGGUGCAACUUCACAACACCAUUUCCAAAGUAAUUUAUUAAUUUGAAACAUGUACACUCGCUCAAAAUCGCCCUGCCGCACACUCAAAGAUUUUAACUAAAUUGGUGCUGCCACUUAAUUGGUCACUGACCUGCUCCAUUUAAUCAACUGUGACUUCAGUCCAAGGCACUACAGGGAAACGCCUGAUUGAAGUACUUUUCCUUCCCAGAUUGUCACAGCAAGCCCAGGAUUCUGAUAAGCAAGUUUCUGGUUGAGAUCUGAGGACACCAUGACUGUUCCGGUGAAUAAACAGCAGGGGGCGCCAGCCUCUCAAUUAACAAAGGAACAUGAAGGCAAUCUCUUGAAGCUAACAUUCAGAUAACAUGGUAAAACCUAACCUGUACUAUCCAUUGUUAAGGAUGUAUGUCCUUAUUUGUCCUAAUGUGGCACAAAGACAGCACUUAAGUGAUUAAAUAAUGUUAGUUUUCUGUGUGAACAGUAAUAUACAUAAUGAGAGCAGCAGUUCUCAGUGUUUCUAGGACCUCCAAUAAUAAACGCAUCUCUUUUUUCCAGUGAA